GACAUCUCUUGCAAAAACUAUCUCGAGAUAGACAUCUAUUCUUUAUUCUCUAUUUGCUGAAUGUCUUUAAAUGUAGAGGGUUUGAUCACUUAUCCCUGACGUAGGCUAUAGAAUAUUAGUCAUAAUCCAUGUGCAAUAAUGUGAUUACCAUGUUGAAGUGUCCCUGUUCUUUCUAUCCAAACACUCCAGUGUCUCUCCUGCUGGUUCAGUAGUAAUGUAAUGGCAUUAGGACAAUCCUCUGAGCUGCGCGGGUUAUUUUAGGACUCUACAGUACAGACAAGCUAAUGAAAGUGACAAAUACACGGAGAGGAAACAAUGAUUCAUAGUGAGCUGGUUAUCUUCUGGUAACCAAGUAUGGUGUGCACUUCAUGCCCUUUGCCAUCUUUACUGUGUAGUAUAUCUGCUUUUGGGCUCAAUCAGGGCAGAGCUGCAGUCCCAACAGCAUGUCCAAACUAGGAUGUUGUGUUUGUGCAAGACUAGAGAGACAAUCGGGCAAGGGGGGAGACGAGGGAGGAGAGGCACCAAGCCAAGGUGCAGCAUGAGGAAACAGUAUCAUGUUGGCUAAGGCUGGCUCGCUCCCCUCUACAAACUCUGGUUGGAGGGCAGGAGGAGAGAGGGAGGCUAGAGUUUCAUGCACCGCUCUGUUCCCAGCUUAUUGUCCUCCCUGCUGCUGCUGCACCGACACCCUGCCAGAAAUGUCAGGUGCCUCCUCCUCACCUGUCCUCACGUGACACACCUUUCACCUCAACAAUCCAGUUUAGAGCUGUAUUCCCAGAUAUUAUAUAUGGCUCAACCCCCCAGAACAUGGAUAGAGGCGCUGCAUGCUGUGUGAUGAUGUCAAUACCAGUGUCGUCAUAUUUCCACUGGGCACUGUCUGAACAGGCCGCCGCUGAGAGAAAGGUAGAUGAGGUGAUAUACAGUUUACGCGGAUAUACUCAAGUACGUGCCGGAUUGCUGUUGCGUAACAGGAGUGCCAGGCGGUAGGUUGGUUGGUUGGUUGGUAGGUAGGUAGGCAAUCGCGUUUAUCCGCUUGUGAGGGAAAAAAAUGAGAGGGAGGGAGCGAUGGGAAGAGAGAUGGAGCGGUUGGAGGGGGCGUGCAUCUCCUUACUAGCUCAGGACUGGAGAGAGCUGGCAGUGGUACAAGGCUGCUGAACGCAACCUCUCUGCGUGUGUGACUGAUAGACGACCGUUUUCACCUCCACUUCCGCCAGUUGUAUCCUCUGCGACUACAAAAAUCGGCGAACUUGACCGACUCUUUUUCCCCCCACCCUUGGAUAACUCGAUAUGUCCUAGCCACUCAUCAUAUCCUGCCGCAGAGGACGCCAUCGGAGAGGAGCCGCACAGACCUGCAGAAGCACAGUGGAAGGAUGGUGUGACUGACACAGACACAGACAGAGGGACCAGUCACUGCUCACCACUCAGAGGCAGACCAUGGCUCCCAUGUCCCUCCUUUUCUUGGGCUUCUUCUUCUCCUUCCUCCAUUGUUCAGAUGCCCAGGUCAUCAUCGGCUCCUCCUCCUUCCCUCCUCUCGACCUGCCUAUUAAUUCUGCACCUCCGCCAACGAGGCAAACCGCUCGUUUCUGGCCCUCUCUGCCCCCCAGAGGACGUAGUGACGUGCCUAUCAGAGCCACAGUCCGGUAUAGGCCGACAACUCCCAAUACAGUGCAGCAUGGGAAAAGAAUGACCCGUCCUACUGCACAGUCCACUCCUUCUUUUAUAUCUGCCCUCACUAUGCAGAACCUCAGCAGCGGGCCAGUUUUAACCCAACCAACUGCCUCCAGGCCCAGGACUGACACUGCCAGUAUAGCACUCAUUAGGGCAAAAGGAGAGGCUGUUACAAAAAGCUCCACUCCACCACUGGCCACUUUUCUCUCCACCACUGUCCCUGAGCCUGCAGGUGAUAAGUCAGUGACAGCAGGUAAUCCAGAGGACGGAUCAGUAAAAGAGUCAGAGGAUGGUGAUUCACAGGGGUUAGGAUCAGGUCAUACUCCAACUGUAAUGCUAGUGAAGGAGGAAUCACCUGUUCCUCUACCAACGGUUGGCAACGAAAUGGCACAGUAUUGGCCACAGGCACAGACCGCUAUAUCUAAAAUUUCUGAUGUAGAGACACCACCGCCAGACAGUCAGACUGUGAAGCCUCAGCUGUUUGUACUUACAACAGCAAGCAAAACCUCUACAACACCACAGACAGAGACAAGAGCUACACUGUCCCCUGUGGUAACACAAGCAACACGUCAGACUAUAGUGUUAACAGGUGAACUGACAGCGAACACUCCACCCUCCGACAGAGUUCCUUCAAAGCAGGACUCUGUGGCUGUGCAGAGUGCCGCCACUGGCUCCACUGAUAAUCAGCCACAGGCUUCAAGACUGCCAAUUACUGCCCAAAGCCAGAAGAGCUCACAAUCAGACAACACAACACCACAAGUAACAACCACAGCUACGACUAGUGUGGUUACUACGACACAGGAGGCUGUGAGAACGUCUUCAAAAGCAUCAAAUCAACCCAACAAAACAGCACAACUAGGGAGGAAUACAGCUAGCACAACUGUACAUUCAUCAAGGACAGGGAUCACUUCCUUCCUUACCACCGGUGUAGUUCCUGCCACCCGGACAAGGUUUGGCCCCACCUACCAGACUGGUAUUGCUCAGAGGAACCGCUCCAUUCUUCUGGGACAUCCUCACCAAGCUCCCUACUCCACUUCUAAUCCAGUCUCUUCUCCCAGCGCCAGUCCCUCCUCUAAUGACACGCUUCUCUACUGGGGUAACCUGAGCCGGACGCUGGCUUUCGCCUGGGAGCUGCAUGUCUACGGCUCAGCCAGUCUCUUCCUCCUCCUGUUUGCUGGAGCUGCUCUCGGCCUCACCCUGUCCCCUGGCACAAACUGCCCUCAUCGGGGUGCUCUUGCACUCGCCAAUGCUCUGUUGUUUCUGGCCGGGGGCCUUAGGGCAGCUCUUUUUCUAAUUGACCCUUACGGCACACGGAAAUUGCUCCCUCGCCCUGCAGUUACAGCCCUCUACAACUUGCCUCUACACCUGCUUGUGUGGACACAUGCUGCCGUGGCACUGCUGGCCUUGCGGGUGGCAGGGGUUAGUGUGUUACCUUCAACUAUGGAGCGUCCUCCCCUGGUGGCUGUGUUGGCAGUGCUGCAGUGUACCCUGCUGCUGGCUGUUGAUCUGCUUUCCCCAGCCCUGUCCCCUGUGGUGCCUGUCACCCUGCAGGUCCUGUCCCUGUGCUGGGGCCUGGCAGUCUGUCUGGGCUUCCUCUGCUAUGUCUUCCCACGUAUACGCUGCCCUCCCAUUCCCCAUCCCGGAGUCCCCGAAGAGGCCGGGAGGAAGGCUUGGACAGGGAGCAGGAGGACAGGCGUGAUCCUUGCAAGAGUGCUGGCAGUGUGUGCAGUUGUGGGGGCACUGUGCUGUGGGCUGCACAUUCACGCCACCUUAUGGCUCUACGGACUGCUAGGGGACUGGACACACUUCAACUGGGGAUGGUGGCUGGUUCACUUCUGGGCCCGGCUCCUGGAGCUGGCUUGGGGGUUCUCCCUCCUGCUUCUGGGUUCUUGGGUGUUCUGGAGGCCUCAAGGUUGCCGGGGAAGUGAAGAGGGAGGGCCAGAUGGCAGAGCAGCAGGAGACCUGCCAUCCCCCGGCCAAUCUGUAGGGUCCACUCAAAGACAUACCUGCUGGUCCAAGAUUGUGCAGAGCCUGAGAGGGAAGCCUUGCAGAAAGUCUGAUAGUAAUGGGGUGGGAGGAGGAGGAGGAGGAGGAGGACCAGGGGAGAUGCCUAACAACUGGGCUGGUCAGGAACGUUCUGGAGCUGACAUCAGUAAAAGUCUGAUUAGGAACCAGAACCACGAGCAGGCUACGGCCCAGCCACGCUGUGUCAAAGACAGCAACAGGGGGCGCAACUACAGGGGCCACUCCGCAGAACGAGGCAUAUCUGAUGGCUCCACAGGCUCCCUCUUGAGGCUGCAGGCUCUGGGCCGGCCUCCACAGCGCUCAGUGAGCGGCAGCCUGGAUCAGGAAAGGGACACCUCCCUGUCUUUAUAUGAGUUUGACCUGCGGCCCCCCUCUCCCAUCGACCUGACCCGCAGCAUUGACGAGGCUCUGCACAGGGAACACCUACUCGGAGGAGGCAGCCUGUUUCACCCUUUGAACCAAACCUCACAGUCCCCCUCCCCGGGCUCAGGGGUCAGCCAGGGGCCCUGGCUCCGCAGGAACAGUGAUCCUCAGCUGCUCUCAGAGAGCAGCGAGGCCCCGACAGAGUCUUCCAUGCCACUGGGGGGCAGCAUACUCAGCAGCGUACCCAGCAGGCAGGUGACUGCUCCCCCCACGCCUUCACAUCAGGGUCACAGGUGGGCUGGGAACGGGGCAGGAAGUGUCCCCUCGUCUGUGUCCUGCCCCGUGUCGCUUCGUCCCUCCAGGACGUCAACGGGGCAUCUGGGGGAGGACGGAGUGGAUGACACGCGGCCGUUCAUCACACCGGACUCAGAGAGGGUGCGGGGAAGGGCUGGGAGGCCGGUGGGGUCACGGAGCUACCUGGAGGUCAGCCGACACGAUGACUCCGCCAGCGUCAGCAGUGAAAUUAUUGACUUAUGAAGCAAACCCUGAGGACCAAUGACUGCACAUCAGACAUACCCAUUUAACAAAUACUGUUCUUAACCAAGACUUCAACAAAAAUUGUGAAAAUCUGAUCAGUGAACUUCCUAAAGAUUCAUUAUUUUUAGAAGAGGGAAAAUAUAAAAAAAAGAGGAUCUGGGUGAUGAACUUAAAGGAUAUCGCCUAGUUGCCUUUUACCUUGUGUAAGGGUUCAACAACAGUGUUUGUGGAACAGACCUUUUACUCUGGGAGUAAAACAGGGAGUUAUAUAGCACAGAUAAAUAACACAGCACACUCGUAAUUCUCUCCAUCUCUUUCUCACAAUCACACAUAUCAUCUCCCUCUCUUUCUUAUCCUGCUUUUCUUCCACACACACGCCUGCAAAACACUGACAUAACUCCAAGUAACACUGGGCACUGGGACCAUACACACUUUUCAACCAGUCCAUAACAUAGGUUUUGUGUCUGAGAACACGUUUGAAGGGUGAAAGACAAAUGUGGUUCUAAGCGUCCGAAGGUCCCAUUUUCUAUUGUCUCUGUGAAAAAAUGUCUGCAUGUCAACCGUCGUGAAUUUCAUCGCUUUCAUAGAGUUUGUUUGCCGUCUUCCAUGCUUCAGUUUGCUUUGUGAUGUAAAGAUGUGCCAUACAUAACCUUGGUUGGUUCUGUGCUAUUUUUAAUGGUCCUAUAAACCCAUUAUUUGGGUUAACUCUCUCUAGCGUCUUACCAGUAUCAUAGUGACUCAGCUAUGGAUUACUGCUUCUAAGCUCUUAACAUGCUGCCGCUGUUGUUGUCGUCCAGUUUGCCUUGUAUGUUAAUGUGAAGCUGGUUUCAAAAAGAGGCAGGCAGUAAACAACAGCCAGAGACAUGCAGACGCAUGCUUACAUGUGAAACUGUCGCUGAAGCUUUUGGCUUUUGCUGAAAUUGUCAGUUUUAAAAUGAAAUUCAUGCAUUUGGCUGUGAGGUUGAUGCAUUUCAUCUUGACAUUUUGCUGUAGGACAAAGCUUUUGCGAUCAAUAAUUAUGUACAAUUGAAGCAUUCUGCUGCACUUUUGAAGAAUCUGACUUAGAAUAUUAAACAUAAUCAUGAUCCUAUCAGUUGCAUUGAGUCAAACUGUUUGAUCUCUUAUCUAAUUAAAUGCUGCACAACUUCGCGAGGCUGCAACACACACAUCUGGCUUGGCAUGAACCUCAGAGCCCUUGUACCUAACUUAAUAAACAGAGCACUUAACUGUAAGCCUGAGCACCAGACUGAAGUAUUUUACUACUCAAGAGGAAAAUAUCUUUCAAAUAUAUGAUGUAUAAGCAACAAUGUAAAUACUGUUAUUUUUGAUGUUCAUGAAUAAAGGCGUAUUUGAAACAUAGUCAUAGUUGUUACUGUGAAAGACAAUCUAAAGUGGUAUUGCUUUUGUGUCUGAGCUGUGCAGACAGUUACGCUGUUUUGACAUCAGAUUAUGGCCUGUUGAGGACAUGCGGAGCUGUGACACGUUGAUACUUGACAACUUGCAUGUCAAGGGACAUUCUGGGCUGUGCUCAGGGCUGUAAUAAUGAUGCUGGUUUUGCAACAUGUAUAACCAAUGGCCGUGGUCUGCAGGAGUUUGAUUUUUGCUUAAUUUUUUCUGUCAUUAAAUAAUGACUAAGGCAUUAGAAAGAAACAAACAAAACACACACGCUACUUAGUCUAUUAAUCCACCUAAAACUGUUUGGUGAUCCUGAAAAUAGUCCCUCCUCAGUGGUUCCCUCCUCAGUCAAAGUUUUGUUCCAAACUGAGCCGGUCCAUGACUUGUUUUCCGGUUACCUCAGAGUGACUGACUUGCAGUAACUCCCAGUGAUGUGAGACGCUUGACUUGUUUAGUAUUUACAGUACAAUGGCCUUGUGUUGUUGUCUACAUUCCAAUGAACCUGUAAGAUUUCACUGUAUCAGGACUCACUGUUACUUCUUUUCCUUCAUGACCAGGGUGGUACCUCCAGGACCCAUAGUGUUUCCCCCUCCUCCCCAAAGCAGUACGUGCCAUAGAAAAUACAAUCAGUGCCCCCCCCCCAGUCUGUAGCCACAGUGCAUAAGUACAGUGUUAGUUUGAUUCGUUUAUUUUGCUCAUUGAACUUUUGUUCUUGUAUUUCUUGCUGCAUUUCGUGUCUGGAUCCAAAAUAAAAUUGAGAGAACUUGAAA